AUGAAAGACAUACAAGAAGAACGAGGUCGUCCUCGCGAACGCGCCGGCGCGCAAUGGACACCCCAAACAGUCCUCUCCACCCUCCCGCACCCCCCACCGACAAACACCUCCCCCUCAACGCCCAUCCCCUUCUUCCACCUGCUCGAGCGCCUAAAAACAACUCCCCGAUCCGGCUGGGUCCAAGUCGGGAUCCCGCACGGCGAGUCCAUCUCCGACCACAUGUACCGCAUGGGCGUGAUGGCCAUGAUGCCGCCGGCGAGCGUGGCGCGGGGCCUGAAUAUCCCGCGGUGUGUGAUGAUGGCGCUGGUGCAUGACAUGGCGGAGUGUUUGGUGGGGGAUUUCACGCCGAGGGAUACGGGGAUUUCGAAGGCCGAGAAGGCGAGGAGGGAGGAGAGUGUUAUGGGGUAUAUUCAGGGGGUUUUGUUGGGAGGGGUUUCUGUGGACCGGGAUGGGAGGGAUUUUGGGUUAGGAGAUGGGUUGGGGUUGGGGGAGGGCAGUGCGAGCUCAAGUGAUGAGGAUGGAGAUGCGGAGGAGGUGAAGGGGGAGGAGAAUGGGGGAGGACUAAAAGGGUUGUUUGAAGAGUAUGAGGAGAAUCGGACCCCCGAGGCCCGGUUCGUGCAUGAUGUCGAUAAGUUGGAGAUGUUGUUGCAGGUGCUGGAGUAUGAGCGGGCGACGGGACGACGGUUGGACGAGUUCUAUCAUGUGGUGGACGAAAUUAGGUUGAAUGAGAUGAGGGAGUGGGCGGCGGUGGUGGUGCAGGAGAGAGAGGAGUUUUUUGCGGCUUUGGAGAGAAAGGGUAAGGAGAAGGAAGGGAAGGGGAGGGGGAUUUGUAGCUGGUUGAGACGAUGGAGGAAGAAGGGGAAGACAAUGAAUUAGGGCUG